CAAUUUACAUAUUUAAUGAGCAAAGUUUUUGUCUAAUUGUGGUUGCAGUAUUUUAAAGUCUAUAUUGAACGUGUAGAAUGCAUUCAGUGAAUAUGUAAAUGCAAUGAUAUACAGUAUGUGCUUGGGGAACAGCAUUACUUGAAACAUUUUAUUUUAGGGUCUUUUAACUAGUUGUUUAUUAGCAUGCAUAUUACUAGAAUAAUGGCUGUUUAUUAGUACUUCUAAAGCACAUAUUAGUGCCUUAUUCUGGAUGACCUUAUUCUACAUUCUUAAUCCUACCCAAUACCUAAACAUAACAACUACCUUACUUACUAUUGAUAAGCAGUAAAUUAGGAGUUUAUUGAAUGAAAAGUCACUGUUAAUAGUUUGUGUUCUCUAUACUAAAGUGUUACCGCAUUACUUGUAGUGUUUAUAGAAGUGUGAGUCUGUGAUGCCACUAUUUGCCACAUGUGUUUGAAACGAUGUACAGUGUGUUUUGUGUUUGUUACGUGAGUGUGGUUAAAUCUGGAUUUCACAUGCUUAACUACCAGCUACUGCACACUGUUUUAAGUAGAGAUGUACAGUCCUACCGCUGUAUCAUUUUUAUUUGUCUAGGUAUAUUAAGUUAUUUAAAAAUGCAGUUCACACAAAAAUGACUUGAAUAAUCUUUUUCUGUGAACAUGUUUUCAGUUGUUUCUGAAUUAAGAGUCAAUUUAGAUAUUUUUAGUGGGGCUUAAGUUAAUAGUUUCUAUUUGGCGUAACGUCUGGUGUAAUAUUAUAUCUAAAAAAUAUGUUUUUUUUCUUUUUUCAAAUUUAGCAUGGGAACUGUGUGCCAGGGUCAGUACAUUUUAAAAACAAAAACAUACAUACUUUUAGCUUUUUAUAAAAAAGUAUGCGUUGUUCAGGUCAAUUGGUGUAACCCUAAGAAAACCUCUAGAGAAUAUUUGGUUAAAAAAAUUACACCAAAACAUUUGGGUAACACUUUAGUUUGGGGUCCAGUUCUCACUAUUACCUAGUUGCUUAUUAGCAUACAUAUUACUAUUGGAUGUUUAUUAGCACAUAUUAAUGCCUUAUUCCGCACGACCAUAUUUUACAUCCCUUAAUCUUACCCAAUACCUAAACUUAACAACUACCUUGCUAACUAUUGAUAAGCAGUAAUUAUGAGUUUAUUGAGGCAAAAGUCAUAGUUAAUAUUUAGUUAAAAGUGAGGACUGGAUCCUAAUCUAAAGUGUGACCAACAUUUGUAUAAGGUCUUAAGGUGCAAGGGAGGUGUUUUACAAUUUUUUUACUUGAUGGGUGAAUUUUUCAAUGUCAUCAAAUUUUGUGACAUCCUUGUGUAUGGAGCUUAGCAAAGAUACAGCAGUCUGACUCUCACUACUACAAUAGCAUUGUGUAUGUUUAUGAGACUGUACCUCCUCUGCAGUGAAGUGGUGUUUAACAUUUUUUCAUGUCAGUUUCAAUAGCCUUUAAACAUAAAACAGACCUCAAAUUCCUUGGGAUUCAGUUUUCUUUUGUUGACUUUAACCCAUCAGGUACAUGAAUAUAACCACUGAUUAGACCACCAGACAACAUUACACACAGAAUGAUGGUUUCUUGCUUUCAGGAAACUCCCUGUAGCGAAUAAUACAUACUUAAUACUAAAUAAGUCUGAGGAGUGAAAAGAGCACUUGUUUGAAAUCUUUUGGCUUCUUUUGAUGCUAAGACUGUCUGAGGUUUUCUGGUUGUUUUGGAAUAAGGAGGUCAUCCUAAAGGGAUGCUCUGUGUGUGACGGCAGAUAUCGUGUUUCCCUUUUUGUUUUAGUUGUUUGACACAGUAUAGCUUAAAUGGAUCAUUCAGAAGGGCUGACGACUGUUGCUGUUUUGUUUUUGCACUUUUCUUUCAGUUCUCUAAAUGCACAGAGGUCGGUCUGGGGUUUGGUGUGUUGCUCAAGAGCAGAGAUGUCCUCUGUAACUUUCCAUUGUAUGUGGACGCUUAGCUACUCGAAUCGUAGAGCUGUUUAUCUUCACUCACAUUAUUAUGCGCUCACAAUUAUGCACUUUCAAAUGCGUGUCGGCACACCCAAACAAGCAACUGAUUUAAAUGCUCUCCAGAUGUAAAUGAAACUGGAUCAACAACAGUUUAUCACACAUAUAUGCAUAUCGUCAUCGUCACAAGAAUAAUCUGAUUGUGUUCCUUUGAUGGGAACACCAGGAACAUUACUGUUUGAACUGUUACACAAACACUUUGAAAUUAUUUAAAAGGAGCAUCUGGGAACCAUCAGCAUGUUUUUAAAUACAAGUAUUUAUGUCGAAGUUCUCAUAAGGGACCAUGAGCCAGGUUUCAAGGAUCAGGAGACAAAUAUGGUCAGGGCUCAAGAAGUACAUGAAGUGGAAAUCAGACAAGAAUUCUGAAAGGAAAUAAGAGCAUGGACUGGGAAAGACUUUUUAAGGAAUAAGCUAUUGUUUGCUCUGGAUGGCUAAGAAAAUCUCUUCAAAGUCAAGUGAAGCAGUUUCGCAAAAAUGUUUACUUGAUUGUUCUAGUACUCAUGAGCGGUCUUGCAACAAUAUUUAUGGACCUCUGAUGUUUUUGUCUGGGUCUUGUCAUGCACUCAGGGUGACCAUACGUGGGCCACCAUGCUGGGGCAGAGCGUGAGGCUGCAGCCGGUUUCCAUCCAAAGCCUCUCGGAGCUGGAGAGAGCACGUCUGCAGGAGGUGGCCCUUUACCACUUGGAAAGAAGAGACUUGGACUUUAAGAUCAGCAUCCCUAGAGAGAUUCAUAAGAGGAGGAAAUCACUACGGCGAAAGUUUGACUCCUUCUCAAAAGAAAAGAAAGAGCGAGAGUCUGCAGCCAAAGCAUUCGGCAUCCCUCUCUCCCAGGUAAUAGCAAAUGAUCGUGCAUACAAGCAGCGUCAGGAUGCUCUAAAAGAGAGCCGACGGGACUGUCUGGACCUGGAGGCCAGUGUUCUUCACUUCCGGGCUGAGAAAUGGCAGCACAAUGGAAACCGGCCAAUGGGCAAUACAGCUUUAUUACCUGGUGCUGCCUCAACACCAGCAAUGGAGGUCCACAGCAAACCUCCCUCAUCAGCGUUCAUGGACAACACCUCACGCACACACAGACGGGGAGGGAUGUCUGUAGACUCCAUCUCUGAUCUGGUUGAGAGUCAGUCCAGACUACUGGAAGCUCUGCAGCUCUCCCACCCUAAUGAGCUGGAGAUGAAAAAGGCCGCUGGUCGUACACAGGCCAAACUCAGUCUCAACCCCAUCUACAGACAAGUUCCUCGAGUGGUAGAGCGCUGCUGUAACCACAUUCAGACCUACGGAUUACAAACUUUAGGGAUUUUCCGUGUAGGCAGCUCCAAAAAAAGAGUUCGUCAACUGCGCGAGGACUUUGACAUUGGGAUAGAUGUGGUGUUAGACGAGGAACACAGCGUUCAUGACGUGGCUGCAUUACUAAAGGAGUUUCUGAGGGAUAUGCCUGAUCCCCUGUUACCACGAGAACUCUACCGGGCGUUCCUGCACGCUAACCAGUUGAGAGGGGCAGAUCAGUUGACAUACCUGCAGCAGUUGUUGUACUUGUUGCCACCCUGUAAUUGUGACACUCUGCUGAGGCUCUUGACGCUACUUCAUACAGUUCAGGAGAACGCAAAAAGCUCCACUGGACCCAACCAGCAGGAGAUCUCAGGUAACAAGAUGACGGCAGCAAACCUGGCGGUGAUCUUUGGGCCCAAUCUCCUGCAGAAAGAGAGAGGAUCAGAGAGAGAGCUCAGCCCUCAAGCUCUGGGCAUAGAAGACAGCACUGCCAUCAUCUCUGUCACCCUAAUGCUCAUCCAGAACCACCAACACCUCUUCAUGGUGUCUGCUGAGCUGCAGCAGGAGGUGCUCAUGAGCCUCAUUCAGACGGACCCUGAUGUCAUUGACUAUCUGCUGCGCAGGAAACUCAGCAGUAGUAGCAGCCUGACGCUGGAGACGGACUCUGGUGGACGGAGGGACACACAGGCAUCUCUGGACUCUGUGGGUCAGUCCAGUGAUGACCUUUCAUCCCUGGAGCCGCUGUGUCCUCUUUAUCCAGAGACAUCUGCGAUUGGAAAUCUGAGCAGUGAGGUCUUCUUCAAUGUUCUUCAUCUUAACACUAACAGGAAACGCUCCUCUGAGGUUCCACCCAAGUCCAUUAGUAAAAUGAGGCAGUUUCAUUCCCACCACAACCUUCUGAGUCUGGCCCAGUCUUCCUCUAAUGCCCAGAGUGACGAACAAGAGCUCCAGGAACAGAGGCAGUGCGGUUCAAGACAGACCUGCUCAGAGGAGCGACUUCAUUUCAGUCUGGGGCGGCAGGACAGUGGCUCGCAACCACAGAGUCCUAGAGAGAGGGGCAUCUGGGUACGACAGAGCUCCAACGCCUCAUCCACGACGUCAGACGACAGCAAGCCGCCAAGCAACUUCUGGGACUUUUUCACUGGCAAGAUACCUGUUGUCAGAAGAAGCCCUUCCCUGCAAAACUUCCUCAACGACCAUUCACAGUCUGAGAAAAAUUAGGUGGAAUUGAAGACUUUCUUUGAAGAAUGGGAUAUUUUUGCUAACUUUUGAGCAUUUGGAGAACAUGCUCUGAACUCAUGGCAUCACUGAACCACAAGGGGGUGAUAUUUACUGGUGUCAACAUUACAUUGACAUUAAAGCUGCAUCUGAAUAGAUCCUGUCCAAAUAUCUGAAAUGACCUAUAUUAAUGCUGGACUCACUCUGCUGGUUUGGAUAAAAAUGAGGAUUUCCUCCAAUAAGGAUUGAAACUGUUCAGAGUGAGCAUUGCCAUUUCUAUACAAACUCUAAUCUCACUGUAAUCCCAAAUCAACCUACCGAUCUUAAAAAUAAAAAAAAUCAUUUUUUUUAAUCAUGAUUUUAUAACAUUUUUAAUUCUUUUCAAAUUAUGUAUUGUCAAGGUGCAUUCAGUAGUUCUUUAGCCAAUGUAGAAUUACUGUUCUUUGUGUAAUUAAGUAUUGGUGUUACGUGCUAUGGAGGCCACAAAAUAAUAAUAAAAACGACCUUUAUCUGACAUUUCUGAUUUCUUUUUCUCGCAAUUGCAAGUUUAUGUCUCACAAUUAUGACUUUUUCCUCAGAAUUGCUAGUUAAUG